AUGGUGGUCCACCGUUCAACAGCGAAGGCCAGCAUAGCCGGAGUAACUGAAGUAGAAAACUCGACAACAUCAGGCAACACGGCCAAGGGAACCACCACGGGAGGAAGCAUCACAAGAGGAGCUAAGGUCGGAGGACCCACGACGGAAGGUGUCACACCAGAAGAUGCCACAGCAGAAGAAGCCACGGAACAAGGAAUCACGGCGGAGGAUGCCGCAACAGAAGAGGCCACAACAACAGGACCCACGACAGAAGGAGCUACAUACAAAGGUCGCACGUUAGAAGAAGUCACAGCAGAGGAAGACACAGCAGAGGAAGCCACGGCAGAAGAAGCACCAGCAGAAGAAGUCACAAAAGAUGAAGCCAGAGCAGAUGAAGCACCAGCAGAAGAAGCGACGGCAGAUGAAGCCACAGAAGAUGACGCCACAGCAGUAGAAGCAACAGCAGAAGAAGCUACAGCAGAAGAAGCUACAGCAGAAGAAGCUACAGCAGAAGAAGCUACAGCAGAAGAGGCCACAGCAGAAGAGGCCACAGCAGAGGAAGCCACAGCAGAAGCACCCCGAACAGACGAAACCGCAUCAGAAUGUCUGACAGCAGUACAAGGCACGACAGAAGAAACCGGGGACGAAGAUGUCACUACAGCUGACUUAACAUCACGAAAAAGGAUGUUGAUAGCCAAACGGACCAAAAAACCAAGGAAUGACCACAACAUGCCUACCAACAACAAUACGCUAGAAGAAAAAAAUAAAGACAGUUAG